AUGAGGGCAGCGGCACUGGGCCUCGUGGACUGUCAUUGCCACCUUUCUGCCCCCGACUUUGACCACGAUCUCGAUGAUGUAUUGGAGAAAGUCAAGGAGGCCAAUGUUGUGGCCCUUAUUGCAGUUGCUGAACAUUCAGGAGAAUUUGAAAAGAUUAUGAAGCUUUCAGAAAGGUAUUCUGGAUUUAUCCUGCCAUGCUUGGGUGUUCACCCAAUUCAAGGACUACAAGAAGAUCAAAGAAGUGUCACAUUAAAGGAUUUGGAUGAUGCUUUGUCCAUUAUUGAGAAGUAUAAGGAUCAGUUAUUGGUGAAUGGAGAGGUCGGGUUAGAUUUUUCUCCUCGAUUUGCCAACACUGAUGAGAAGAAAGAAGAACAAAGACAAGUUCUAAUCAGACAGGUCCAGUUAGCCAAAAGACUAAAUUUGCCUUUAAAUGUUCACUCACGUUCAGCUGGAAGACCCACCAUCAACCUC